ACUUGAACCGAAUUUAAUUUACCUUCCCGGUUCAAAAACCCAAAAUUGUAGAGAGAGGACGCGAGAUCGAUCGAUGGGGUCAUCUUUCUCCGCCUCCUUUACUAACUCCACCACCGCCGCCGCCGCCGUUCAUCCUCCGUCUCCGCCUUCAUCGCCAUCACGCUCCAAUGUAAAAUCUAACGGAGAAGAGAGACCUCGUUUCUUCGAUGGAAAGGCGAAGAAUAAGUGCUGGGCUAAUGCUGACAUCGUACCUGGUCGACAUCCCGAGAGGUGGCGUAAAGAUGCCGCCGGUAACAUCGUCUGCAAACGCUUCGGAAAUUGCAACGGUUGUCUCUGUUUCGAGUAUGAUCACAUUGUUCCUUACUCCAAAGGUGGAGAGUCGAUAGCUGAGAAUUGUCAGAUUCUUCAAACUAGAGUUAACAGAUUCAAAUCAGCUCAAGAAAAUGUUGAUGCCACCACUCUUAAGAGCUAUUCUUGUGGUCUGCAAUUUACGGACAAGGAGCUAGAUAUUAUCGAGAUGGCCGUUUAUGGAGACGUGUUACGACCUGGAAAAGAAUGUCGCUGCAAAACCGUAGCUGAGCUGCUUGGUCAGUCCAAGUCCAAAGAUGGUAAAGCCCCAUGUGAGUUACCAUCAUAGAAAGUAGUAAUCAACCAUGUCUUUGUAAAGCUUUGAUUCAAAUCUUAUGCUCAUAUUUUGGCAGAUCCAUCACAAUCUUUUACAAUACAUUGGAAACCAUUGUUUGUGUGAGUGGUAAUGAUUCUAUACAAAUUGGAAAUAAAAUUCAGCUUACAUU